UCUGCCACAAGACCAAAUUCGCUGAUGGCCUGGGACACCGGUGCAACUACUGCAAUCUUCGCUCGUGUGCUCGCUGCGGUGGUAAACUGCAGCUUAAACAGAACAAGGCAAGAAGUCCUGUGGUUGUGUGGGCGUGCCAGCUGUGUAAAAAGAAGCAGGAAAUACUCGCCAAGACAGGCCAGUGGUAUCAUGGCGGUCAAGCACGCCCAGUGGCCCUGGACAUCGAGGUCGGCUCAGGAAGCGAAACGGCUUCCACAAAGACUGAUAUUAGUCCUACAUCGGACAGGAGAGCACGAGUCUCAGGAGGACCUAGGGGUCAGGGUCAAGGUCAGUCAGAUAGCAGUGGACAGGGAUCUGAAAAGGAGAACAUUGUUCGUAGACCAGAUGAUCCCAGAAUGCAAAUGUCUAGAUCUGGGAGUCUCCGUGGUAGUAGAGAACUCAAACGCCAGUAUUCAAUGUCAGAGGUAGGAAAAAUCCAAGAUGGCGGUAAAGAACAAGGACAUUAUGAUAGGUCACCCGGUGGUCAUGACGAUAGGAUGAGUGAGAGAGGGCGGGCCAGAGGGCGGCCUUUAGAGCAGCUGCCACCUGAUCAGGCCCGUACUCGUAGCCUGCCACCUGACGACAGGCACCUUGAAGGCAUGCAUAUACACGGCAGACGGCGGGGAGCCAACGGGCAGGACCCAAUGCAUGACGGACACGGCACACUGCAUCCACCAGGGUCAAGGUCACGAGACCCUUCUGUUGAGAGGCGUUCUUCAGACGGAAGACGGCCAUCUCCAGCUGAGCUGGAUCGUAUGCGACCUGAUCAUGAUUCCCACCUCAGACCUGACCAAGACCCCAGGAUGGAUAGGGGGCGCAUGCAUCCUGACGGAGACCCACGCCAAAAAGAUCUCCCCCCACCGGGACGGUCUCGGUCGCCACGUGGUCGAAGAGGGGAGCUAUCCCCGCGAGAUGUGAUUCCUCCUAGUGAUCAAGAAUUGCGCCGUCGAUCUCCUUCUCCAGCGAGAGUUCGUGAACAGGAAAUGAGAGAGGCCCAUAUGCAACAGCAGCAGCAACAGCAGCGUGAUCUGAAUGCAGAUCAUUUUCAUGGUGAUAGGCGACGCGAGUCUCCUCCUGAUCGCUAUGCAGAUAAAGAAAUGGUGCAGAAGAGGCAUCGGAGAGAAGGUGUGGUCCAUCCACCAGAUGGCACUAAAGACAUGAGAGACUACCAAGAUGGCGGCCGUGAGACUAUAGCUAUGGACAGAAAAAGGGACAUGGGAGAAGAUCGCCGUAGAGACGGAACCAUGGACAGGCACAGAGAAAUACAUGAACCUCACGAUCACGAGCAACUCAUACGACAAGACUCUUCUACGAGUCGCAGAUCAGAUCACUCAUCACGAAGUGUGCGAGAACGUGGAAUGCCUGGCGAUCAAAUGCAGAAGCCUUUGGGGAGUGAGCGCGAGCGGGAAUUAGCUCGAACAGCUCAGCAACCUUUGCAGCCUGAUGUUCACAUAACUGCCAAGCCACCACAAUCGCCCCGUCACGAGCGCAUGGUGGUGGGAACUUCUCCUGUAUCACCAAGAGAGGAAGUAAUGGACUCCAUGAGGGACAGACGUGGUGGUGCAAGUGGGCGGGAAGAAAUCUCAGAUUUAGAUGCCAGAUCAGGAGAUUCCCGUCGCAUGUCGCAAACUCACUUAGAUCCUAGCUCCGCAGCAAAUAGAAAUUCCAAAAAUAACAGGCGGAAAAUGGAGACUAUGUUACGAAACGAUUCUCUGAGUUCAGAUCCCUCAGACUGUGUGCGCCCACCACCGCCGAGACCACAUAAACAUAAAAAAGGGAAAUCAAAGCAGCCUGUUCAGCAGCCUUCGUUCAGUAGUUCUGACGAUGAGAUUCGCUCCACACCGGAAUAUACCAGCUGUGAUGAUCAAGACUUGGAGAGCGAGAGCAUCAGUGAGAAGGGAGUAGGGGAACUAGAAACCCAUCCGUACCCAGAUUCACAUGCUAUGCAAAAGAAAGGGGUGACCUUGAGCAGUCGAGGUCGGUCUCAAGGCCGUUUAGGUCAAGGUGAAGGUCAAUUAGGCCAAGGUCACAUGAGGAAUGAUCGGAAUGAUCACAGAUGGUCUGAAGUGCCUAUAAAAGACUCUGGAAUUGACACUGGUCUGUCAAGCAGUAAUCAAACUCUGUAUGAAGACAGCACUAAGCACCCAGUCACUUGGCGGACCGCAGACGAUGGAAAGAAAGUCAUAGGUCACAUGAUCUUGAAAAAGGGUGUCGCGGACGGGAAGGGAAAAGAUUCUGGGGGAAUUCUGGGUCUCAAAGUGGUUGGAGGAAAGGUGACAGAGGGAGGCCAGCUUGGCGCAUUCGUAACCAAAGUUAAAAAAGGCAGCAUUGCAGACGUUGUGGGGAAAUUACGCCCUGGCGAUGAAGUCAUAGAGUGGAACGGAAGGUCGUUACAAGCGGCAACAUUUGAGGACGUGUACGAUAUUAUCAUGGAGUCGAAACAGGAGCCUCAGGUGGAAUUGAUUGUCCAUCGAAAUAUAGAAUCCGAUAUGGUUCAUGGCAAUCAUGACAGAGAACACAGGGACCGGGAACACAGAGAACAUAGGGAACACAGGGAACGAGAGAAAGUGGAUCGGCAAGGUAGGGGGUGUGACGAAAAAUGGAUUCUCCCUUGUCUUAUCUUAGAAAUACCAUAAGAAUUUACUGAUGUCGGACUGCAUGAAUUAAUGGUAUUUUCCAAAAGAGUGUUCUGUUUGUAAGACGUGGUAAUGGAGAUGAAGACAUUUUAAGUUGGUUUUAUGUCAGAAAAUACAUUUU